AUGGAUCGAAAUGCCUUCGGGCAGUUGUGCUACCUAGUAGAAAAUCUGGGCAAGCUACAAAACAGUCGCAAUAUCACAGUGAGUGAGCAGGUAGCAAUGUUCUUGAGCGUUUUAGCCCCUCACAAAAUAAAUGCGGUUGUCAAAUAUGAUUUUCGACGGUUGGGGCAAACAGUUAGUAGGGUUUUUCAUGAUGUACUCAAAGUUGUUCUACGUUUGUACCCAAUCCUUGUCGUACAUCCUAAACCUGUUGAAGAGAACAACAACGAUUGGAAAUGGUGGCGGUUUAAGGGAUGUUUGGGUGCGUUAGACGGAACGGAAGGAUCCGCCGCAAAUAGCCGCGUUUUAAGAGAUGUCUUAGCGCAUCCCGAUGGUUUACGUGCGCCCACCGGCAACUAUUAUCUAUGCAACGGCGGAUACACGAAUGGGCCCGGGCUCCUUACACCGUUUAGGGGCGUGAGAUAUCAUUUGCAUGAUUUCGAUGACGGCUACACCGGUAAAUUGAAACAACAUAUCUGUCAAGUAGUGCCCGGAUCUAACAUUAAAGCAGAACCGCAUAUUUCGUCAAAGAUCACUGUUUGGAAGAAGACUUAUGGGGAGCUCUCUGCAUGUUUGGCGAGUAUGUCUGGGAUCGGUUGGUCAGGCCAAUCCCUUUCAGUGAAGGAUGAUGUUUGGGAAGCUUAUGUUAAGGUAGAGAUACUUGGAAAGGAUCGUGCUAUGGGGGAGGGUCCUCAAGGAUUUGCUGAUGCGUUGAGGGAGCCGCAAGCCAAUUUGGCGUUGAAGAUCACAAUGAUUAUGGUGAUUCGGGGCAUGGGGUUGAGAAUAGUGCAUCCGGAAAAGAUAAGCAAGGAUGCGAAAGAGCAACGCAAACAAAUUUUUGAAGCCCUCGAACCCAUGACACAACUCACAAUGGUGCAAAGGUUGGUGGUAGCGAAGUACUUAGUUAAGAAUAAUGACGAGCUUGACCUUUUCUUUAGAAAUACUUGA